GCCCAUCUUCUCUCCUGAUUAAAAUCUGUGGUAAAAUAAUAUAUCUUUCGCUUUGUCUCCCUUUAUAAUCCUUCCCUAUUCGGGGCUUUUGAUUUUUCUCUUACUGUUUCAAUUUGAUUUCAUCCAAAGCUCAAAAAACUUGCGGAGAUAGUACAGGGUUAGCUGUGUUGUAAGAUUCAGUUAAUAAGAAAUGCCUAGGGAAUUGUCACGUUCACGAUCGCGGUCACCAACACAUAGGCGGAGGCAUUCACCUUCACCUAGGUAUAGCAGGAGGAGCCGGAGAGAUAGAAGUCGGUCACCAUAUUCAUCAUAUUCUUCAAGCAGGCGGAAAAGUCGUUCUGUUUCCCAACGACGCCGGAAAGCUCGUUCUCCUUCCCCAAGGCGGCAUAAAAGUCGUUCUCCGACUCCUAGGCGCCAUAAGAGGCAAAGAAGUAGGAGUUCUUCACUGUCUCCUACUCAUAAAUCCUCAAGUCCAAGUCUUGGAUCAUUAGAGCAGAAAAAUGCAGUUGAAAAAUUAAAAAAAGAAGAGGAAGAGAAAAAAAGGCGUCAACAGGAAGCUGAAUUGAAACUGAUAGAAGAAGAGACAACAAGGAGGGUGGAAGAAGCUAUUAGGAAGAGAGUUGAAGAGAGCUUGAACUCUGAGGAGAUUAAGCUGGAAAUUCAGAAGCGUUUGGAGGAGGGGCGGAAGAGACUUCAAGAUGAAGUCACAGCUCAACUCAAGAAAGAAAAGGAAGAUGCCCUAAUUGAGGCUAGAAGAAAGGAGGAACAAGUCCGAAAAGAGAAAGAAGAAUUGGAAAAAAUGCUUGAAGAAAACCAGAGGAGGGUGGAAGAAUCUCAGAGAAAAGAAGCGGAGGAGCAGCAGCGAAGAGAGGAGGAGCGUUACCGUGAACUGGAGCGCAUCCAAAGAGAAAAAGAAGGGGCUUUGAGAAGGAAGAAACAGCAAGAGGAGGAAGAACAUUUGAAUCAGAUGAAGCUGUUGGGUAAGAACAAAUCACGACCGAAGUUGUCGUUUGCAUUUGGGUCUAAAUGAGCCACCGUGGAGUUUGGUAUAAUUUGACAAAAUUUCUGUGCUUGAUUAACUUAAUUAAUAUACAUGUUCGCAUUUGUGAUCUAAAUGAUGAAACACAGUUUUUGCUCCUUUUUGUCUAAGUAUGAUGUUCACCUCUGCUUGGAGUUUUUGGUAUUUACAUAUUUGAAACUUGGAAAGUUCAAUUUUUAUUUCCAUCAUGGCAAAAAUUGGUUUCACUUAAUCACAAGCAGAAAUUUUAGGUUA